AUGUUGGAAGCACGGUUGGAACAGGCCAGCAUCCUGAAAAAGGUUGUCGACGCCAUCAAGGACCUCGUCCAGGACUGCAACUUUGACUGCAAUGACUCUGGCAUCGCCCUGCAGGCAAUGGACAACUCGCACGUCGCCCUCGUGUCGAUGAUGCUCAAGGCCGAAGGCUUCUCUCCCUACCGAUGCGACCGCAACAUUGCCCUUGGUGUCAACCUGACGUCUCUGACCAAGGUGCUGCGAGCUGCCCAGGGCGAGGACAUUCUGACGCUCAAGGCCGAGGACGCACCGGAUGUUUUGAACCUGAUGUUUGAGAGCAGCGAGAACGACCGCAUCAGCGAGUACGACCUCAAGCUCAUGGACAUUGACCAGGAGCACCUGGGUAUCCCUGAGACCGAGUAUGCUGCCACCAUUACUAUGCCUGCGGCUGAGUUUCGGAGAAUCUGUACAGAUCUGGCGGCCAUGUCAGAGUCAGUCGGCAUUGAGGCCUCCAAGGAUGGUGUCAAGUUCUCCUGCAACGGUGACAUUGGUAACGGCUCAGUCACUCUGCGAAGCCACACCAACAUUGACAAGCCCGAUUUGAACGUCGACAUUGAGUUGACGGAGCCCGUUUCUUUGACCUUCUCCCUCAAGUACCUGGUCAACUUCUGCAAGGCCGCUGCCUUGUCUAACCAGGUCAAGAUCUGCCUCUCCAGCGAGGUGCCGCUCUUGGUCGAGUACAACCUCUCCGGUAGCAGCUACCUGCGUUUCUACCUUGCACCAAAGAUUGGUGAUGAGGAGUAA